AUGACCGACUCGCCAGCAACCAACAUUCCUGGACCGGAUGACGCGGGGCUGACAGAGAAGCCGAAGAGCGACCAUCCGUCUGGGAAGCAGAGCUAUGGAAAACUCAUGCAGGUUGUGCGUGGGUUCGCCUUUAUCGUGUACUUUGCGACAUGCAUCCUCACGAUAUUCACCACCCAGGUGAUCGGGCUGCCUCUGUACGUGGUCAACCGCGACUGGUACUAUGCGUACAUGGCCAUGACGAAGCAGCACUUUGCGAUUGUGACAAGUUUCAUGACCUACAUCUGGGGUCCCACCAAGAUUCGCAUCAGUGGAGAUGCGACGGUCGCGGGCCAGAUGAGGGCGAUGCCUGGUGGACGUGUCGAGUUUGACUUUCCCGAGCGUGUCAUCCUGGUGGCCAACCACCAAAUCUACACAGACUGGCUAUAUCUCUGGUGGGUCGCGUAUGCGAACCGACCAAGGCUCCACGGGCACAUUUACAUCAUCCUCAAGGCGUCGCUGCGGUACAUCCCAUUUAUUGGAUGGGGCAUGAUGCUGUAUAGCUUCAUCUUCAUGACGCGCAAAAUGGCCACCGACCAGCCGCGCAUGGCGUACCGCCUGUGGAAACUGCGUCAGCCAAAGACCAGCCCGAGCGGCAAGACAUACUACGACCCCAUGUGGCUCAUGCUGUUCCCAGAGGGUACGAACCUCUGCGCGAACGGGCGCACAAAGUCAGAGAGCUGGGCGAAGAAGAACGACAUUCGUGACCCAGAGCACUUGCUUCUUCCGCGCGGGACAGGCAUGUACUUUUGCCUGAGCGAGUUGAAAGGCACGGUGGAAUACGUGUAUGACUGCACCAUUGCGUACGAAGGCAUUCCACGAGGCGAGUACGGCGAGCAGCUAUUUGGCUUGUCGAGCACGUACUUUCAGGGGCUGCCGCCCAAGUCGGUCAACCUCUACUGGCGCCGCUUCAAGGUGUCGGACAUUCCCCUCGCCACGCAAGCCGAGUUUGACAUUUGGCUGCGGGAGGAAUGGUACAACAAGGAUGCUCUCCUGGAAGAGUACACAACGACGGGUCGCUUCCCGCCGCUGCAGGACGGACCAACACAGUUUAUAGAGACCGAGGUUCGGACAAAGUACCCCUGGGAGAUUGUCAACAUCUUCACCGUGCUUGGCAUUGUUGGCUUGGUGACGAAUAGCCUGAAGAAACUAUGGGCGGCUCGAAGCGCGGCGCCUCUGGCGUCUUGA